CGCAGUGCCGCGGAUCACAGGAAUAAAUUAACAAUCUUAGUUUGACGUUUCGUAAAUAAGUGAACACUAGUUACGAAUCUCAACUUGUGCAUUCAAUUUCAGUUUAUAGUGUUGUGAAUAAACAUUUUAAUAAAUCAAGAUGAUGCCCUUAGUGUUGUUUGUCCUGGGUGCUAUCCUUGCAGCGACAGAAGGUUGCAAUGGCGGAAAACAAAUUUUAAAAUCUGGAGGGUUGUCGGCGUUUGAGAAGCAAGCGAUCGUUGACGCGCACAACCGUCUCAGGCAAUCCGUUGCCUUGGGUCAGGUCUCAAGCCAACCCCCAGCCGCUAACAUGAUGGAAAUGACAUGGGACGAAGAAUUGGCAGCGACGGCCCAGCGGUGGUCGGACCAAUGCACAACGGCCCACGACACAGCGGCCCAGCGCGACGUCCCACGUUUCCCCGUGGGCCAGAACCUCGCGGCCACCUGGACCACUCGCCCCCCUAGCGACCCAGUCGACACCGAGCCAGACUUCAACAAGCAAAUCAACGCCUGGUUCGAUGAAGUCAGAAUCUUCGGCUUCAAACCCAUUACCGGGGGCCACAGCACGGGUCAUUAUUCUCAGAUGGUUUGGGGCGAGACCUCCAAAGUGGGCUGUGGGUUCACCUUCUACUACGACCCCAUCCGUGGGUACACGAAGCUGUACGUGUGCAACUACGGGCCGGGCGGCAACGUUAUUGGAGCAUACCCCUAUGAGAAGGGCUACGCUUCUUGCGGAAGUUACGGCCUCACGGACUCCACCAAAUACGCUGGUCUUUGCUCUGCUGGCUACUCGGUGACAUCUAGCUCGAGCUACCAAACUGACAACAACUACAUCUCUAAUGUCAUCCCUGGCAGCACCGGCGCGGCUCAGUACAACUACCAAUACAACAACCAGUUCUACAACCAAUACCAGAACCAGUACCAGAACCAAUACCAGAACCAAUACCAAAACCAAUACCAGUACCAAUACCAACAACCUGAAGUCAGCGUAGUCAGUUACACGCCAGUAGUUAGUUCUACUUUCAGACCUUUUAUUAGCAUUUUCAAAAGAGCAACUGAUUUACUCACAAAGUCAAAACCGCAAGUUAAAUUCGGUACUGCGUUCUCGUGAAACGAUCUAAAUUAAUUUCAAAAGCCUCCCUUGUUUAGAAAUGGAUGAUUAACUUAAUUGUGUUAAUUUUAAAAAGUGUUAAUUUAUGAGAUAAAAAUGUUUCCUAACCAUUCCUAUUUUUGGAAUAUCUUAUCCAUUUCUAAAAAAGGUGAGGUGCAGUAUUUUGUGACAGUUGUGUUACUCGACUGAUUAGAUUUCAGAACUGUGAACACUUGGUUCUGGAAAUUUUUAGAUAAUUUUGUUAUUCCUUGGUUUUACAAGGAACUUAAAUAAGUUUUUUAUUUCCAUUUACAUCCCUACGUUGAAACUGAGUUGCUGUCGUGAAUGACCUUGUAUUAGAGAGCGCAUGUGAGAAUGUAUUGUUAUUUAGGAUAUAAUUGUGAUUGUAUGUAAAUAAACGUAUAUUUUUAUAUUA